GGUGAUUGUAAAGUUGGUUUCUUUGGAAGAGACUGCAUUUUUCCCUGUCCCUUUCCAACAUUCGGAAAAAAGUGCAUGUAUCUUUGUGACUGUGAAAAAAAUACAUGCCAUUAUGUUUUGGGAUGCUUAUAUCAAGAAUUCAAUAACUCGAUUUCUUCUGACGGAACAAACAAUUCUUUUUCAUUUGGUAGCAACCAAUCUGAAAUUAAUAGUCCAGGACUUGUCGCAGCAGUUAUUUGUCUGAGUAUAGGAAUAUUUCUAAUAGUGGUAAUAUAUUUUGGACGAAAAUUGUCGAAUCGUACGAAGAAAAGAAGUCCAGUACCCAUAGUCCAAUAUCAUCAAAACAGAGAGAAUGAACUAAGGCUGAAUAACUCGACAUCUUUGCAGCCAAGUAGAGAAAACGAAUAUGCUGUAAUAAACGAUGCAAGAAACAAGGGUUGCCAAUAUAUGUUUAUAAUAGAGAAAGAUAACAUUAAUCCAUAUGUUCGACCAGAUCCACGACAAAGAAGCUUAGAAGAGCGUUUAGAAUCCAGAAACAGCUAUGUGUCAUUAAUAUGUGAUGAACCUAAGUCUGAGUGAAAGUUUCUGAUUCAGGAGAUGGACAUAGAAACAUUAUUAUUAUUGUGUGCGGUAUAGUGCUAUGUGUACAUUUACUAUCUUUGAAAUUUUUGAUGAAAAAAAUAUCUGCUAUCAUUUCAUCACACAUUGUCGAAAAUCAAUCUAAGAGAAUGUGUCAAUUCCACUGCGACAAAAAGAAUGACGAUUAAUUUUAAUGAAAAAUAUUCUAUUCCAAUGAUGGAUAGGCAGAUUUGUUUUUGUUUUCUUUCGUAAAAUAAAUUUCUAGAAGAUUAA